ACCGCAGACAGAGCUCCGGGCUCAGAACCCGCAGGCUGUCAGAGAGGGAGUCCGCCGCAGAGCUCUCUGACAGGGACCGCGAUGCGGCUGUAGUCCUCCACAGACCUCCGGUCCAACUUUCAGCUCCACACGGACCCUCCGAGUCCCUCCAGCCGGUUUUCGGUCCGUUUGUCCGGGAAUGUUUUCUUAAAGUGCCGCUAGCUGACUGGUUAACUUCCGGGCUAGCUCGCUAGUUCUCACGUUCCGACCCGAAAUUUAAAAAAACAAAAACAAACAGCACCAAACAAACCGUGUGCAGGAUCCACACACACCCGGACAGCUGAGGAUGGAGUCCGGUAACGUCUUCGGCAGCACCAGCCCCGUAAACAGCGUCUUGAAGAGAAGGCCCGACGGCAUCCCCGGGCUUUCCUCGCUCUCUCUGCCCGAGCUGAGCUCAAAGAACGGGCACUGCAGGAACCUGUUCUCCCCUGGACCCGCCACGGUGCUGAGUCCUGUCACCAACCUGGCUCUGGACAUGAACAACUUCGGCCUGGGAAGCCAGUGUGACACCCCGAAGAGGAGAAAGCAUCACGCUCCUCUGGAGAAGAUUCCCUCCUUCGCCUCGGACGUCUCCUCUGAUGCUGGCCUCGGCAUGGACCCCCCGAGCCCCAUGGAUUCAGUUGAAAUGGAGGACACAUUUGAAAAGGCCAUCCAGCAGUCGAGCAGAGUGAUCAACGAGAAGAUGCCGAUUCGAAGAAUCAACUCAUUACCGCUCCAGCUGCAGAGCUCCAGUCCGUCUCUGAAGGGACAGGAAGUGGAUUCACACCGCUACGGGAUAUUCGGCCAACAACCGUCGCAGACGCUCGCCGCCUCCUCUCAGUGUGACAACAAGGAGAACAUGCCGGAGGAGUGUUUCGAGUUCAAGAAACCGACCAAGCCGGCGUCGCGGUGUCGCGUGCGCUCCUUCAACAGCGGCCAGCUAAAGGACGCGUUCGCCCGCCGGCCCAGCUCGGCACCGGCGCUCAUGCUCUCGUCGCCUCCUCCGAUCCAGCAGCUUCACUUCCACGACUCCAGCCCGAUGUUCCUGCGGCGCUCCUCGCUCACUUCUUCUCUAGACGACGAAGACGACGGUUUCUUGGAAGUUCUGGAUGACAACAUGGAGAACGACUCUGCGAUGCCGAUGGGGAUGGUGAGCCUGCUGACCGCCCCGCUGGUGUCCGACAGCGCCGGAGAAGAUUCUCCUGUGAUUCGCUGCCGGCCUCGGAGUCUGUUUCGUUCCCCUUCCAUGCCCAGUCCGGUGUCCCGUCCGUCCGUGAAGCGACCCGACUGUCCCGGAGACGAAAACACGCCCGUCAGGGUGAAGAGGCGACGGAGCCUGGCGGGAACGCAGGUCACCACCCUGGAACAAAACCCAGAAUCCCCGAGAACGAGCUACUCCCUGCUGCAGAGGUCCAAGUCCUUCUGCCAGACUCAGAUUGAGAAGCUGUUGGACAGCGAUGACGCGUCAAGCGAGCUCAUAGGAGACUUCACCAAGCCUUUCGUGCUGCCCACAGUGGACGGCAAACACCAAGACCUCAAGUACAUUACCUCAGAGACGAUGGUGGCAGCUGUGUCCGAUCAGUUCAAUCAUCUAGUCGAGCGAGUCAUCGUCAUCGACUGCCGCUACCCCUACGAGUUUGAGGGAGGACACAUCAAGGGAGCUCUGAACCUCCACCAGGAGGACCAGGUGGAGGACUUCCUCCUCAAAACGCCCAUCAUCCCGUCCUGCCCGGAGAAACGCGUCGUCAUCAUCUUCCACUGCGAGUUCUCGUCGGAGCGCGGCCCUCGGAUGUGCCGCUUCGUCCGGGAGCGAGACCGCGCCAUGAACGAGUAUCCCAAACUCCACUACCCCGAGCUCUACAUCCUCAAGGGCGGAUACAAAGACUUCUUCCCUCAUUUCCAGUCACAAUGUGAACCUCAGUCCUACCGGCCGAUGCACCACGAGGACUUCAAGGAGGACUUGAGGAAGUUUCGUGCCAAGAGUCGAACCUGGGCCGGCGAGCGCAGCAAGAGGGAAAUGUACGGCCGCCUGAAGAAGCUGUGAGCGCGUCCUCGUCCUCUCAAACACACUGCCUGCCUCCCCCUCAACAGACUCCGAGCCCGAGGCCUCACCCCGCCAACAGAGUUUCAUUUAACUAUAGCAAAGUUAGUUAUUUAUGCAAAUUUAAGAGGGAGCGACGUGAAAUGAUGAAUGCUUGAUGUAAAGAAGUCGCUGAGGUGCAGUGAACAGAUUUUAGUUGAUCUGAAGCAAUGUGAUCGUUUUUAAAACCACUUGGACCUUUUAUUUUUAUUUUUAAUACAUGUUGCUGCCAGACAUCCAGCAGACCGCACACUGCCUCCAGCUUCAGUCCUCUCUGAUUAUUUAAGCACUUAAUUUAAAUACCUUGAAACGGUGUGGUGCUUCUCUUUUUGAUACCUGUUUUAUAUUUUUCUUAUGAGUUGUGUUCACCCCCAAUAACACGUCGAUUUGAUUUGUUGUCGUCGCCUUUCUCUAGGCGUGCCGACAUUUUAAAGACUAAUGCAGAGCUUUUUUUUUUUUUUUCCUCCUCCUGCUGAUCAGUUGCAGCACACGUUAAACUUUUAGUUCUCGGUCAGAAGAUGGAGAUGUAAGUUUUUCUCUGAUGCUGCAGGUCAGCGCCUGUGAGAGGAUCUCUGCUCUGAGACGUCUUCCUGCUCUGCACAGUUCAUGUCAGCUUAUGAGUGGGCUUGUUUGAGUAUUGGAGGCUCACGGGGGAGCCGCUGAAAUAAAGAGCUGAUGUGUGUUCCAA